AUGAAUAUGGCUGGUGUGUUCUCGAAUAACGGGCAUUAUGGGCCGGAUUUUCUGCUAUCCUUGGUUAGUUCAUUGGCCGCUCGAAAUGGUGGCACAACAACACCGGAGAGUAGUGAACUACAGGAAACUCAUUCGGAAGAUUCCACUACUCCAGACGAUGUCUCCUCCGUCGUAUCAACUCCUAGCGAUGGAGCACCGCCGGCAAAAAGACGAAGAAAACCGGAUGCGAAGGAUAUCGUUCGAGUGGUCGAAGAUGGUGGGGAUGAGGAACGAGAGAACGUGGAUAGCGGAAAGAAUCGAGCUGCCGUUGCCGCCGCCGGCGCUGCCGCUGCUCCUACGGAAGCUCUGGUUCAAAGGGAUGAAAAAGACGAGAAUAAGGAUUCGGAGAAAAAUCCAAAGAUCCUCGAAAAUUUCGGCAUGUCAUUUGUAUCACCAACAAAAGUCGAUCCAGAAGUUUUAUGUAUGUCCAUAGAUGGACGUAUAACCGAACCGAUGAAGGAGGAUUUCAGCAACGUUGAAGGAACAACGAUGUCACCGCCGAAAACUCCGUCCGCUUCCGCCUCACUACCACCAUCCGGAUCCGCUAGUCCUUCUGUCGGCACACCAUCGAUGCCAUCACCUAGUGUGAAUUGGAGUGCUCGACGAGAAGGAAAGUUGGCGUGCCCAACCCCUGGUUGUGAUGGUUCUGGGCAUCAAACAGGCCUGUACACACAUCAUCGAAGCCUUUCCGGUUGUCCACGUCGUCCGGACAAGUCAACGAUCCAAAUGCUCGCACUGCAGCAAGAUACGGUACUUCGAUGUACAACUCCUGGAUGUACCGGAAAAGGACAUGUGAACAGCAAUCGUACAUCACAUAGAAGUUUGUCUGGAUGUCCUAUAGCCUAUCAGCAGAAGUUGAGCCGGAAAGGUGUAAAGGCUCCACCUCCUCCACGUAUCCGAAGUCCUCAUGGACCAGAAGAAUCUCCACUUGAUCUCACUCUACGUAAUUUCGAACAACAUCAUUUGCCGACGAUGCCACUGAUGCCACAGUCCAUGAUGGAAGCACUCGUGCAGCUGACCGCUUCUGCGGCCGCCGCUCGUGCCGCUGAGACGCCGAUCUCGCCGACGAAGGCGACCUCACCGGUUCCCUCGGCUGCCGCUGCUCCGGCCACUUCGGCAGCAAUCACCCUACCUGUGAGCCUUGCUGCUACCGAUUCCGUUGCUGUUGCUGCCGCUGCUGCUGCAAUGUCGGUCGCACCGACCACAAACACUGAGCCACUAGUGCUGCCCGAGGCACUCUUACCUCCGAAACCACCGAUCCUACCGUAUCCAUCGAUGUUCAAUCAACAAAUGUUGGCUCAACUGUUCCUAGCUCAAUUACAAGCGCCAAAAGGUGCUUUCGUCUAG